AUGUCUGACUAUGAGGAAAGGGUGAUACGGGUUGAUUCGGCGGUGGAAGGUUCGUCGGAGAAGCCACAUAACUGUGAGGCCAUUCUCAGAGAUGCAAAUUUUGUAAUCCCUCCUUCACAUGAACAGCUACGUUCUGGUGUUUUUUUGAACUCCACGAAACCGGUUAAAUAUUGGGUGGACGAGAAAAACAGCAACUGCUUCAUGCUCUUUCCAAGGAAACUCUCUAUCACUUGGUCUGAUGACCCCAACUAUUGGACAUGGGUUCCCAACAAGGAGUCACCAAACGAGACGAUAGAAGCUGUGGAAUUGAAAAACGUGUGUUGGCUCGAUAUCACGGGAAACUUCGACAUAAAGAAUCUCACUCCAGGGAUUACGUACGAGGUAGUCUUUAAGGUGAAGCUAGAGGAUCCUGCCUAUGGAUGGGAAAUUCCUGUGAAUACGAAGCUAGUCUUGCCUAACGGUAGGGCGCAAGAGCAAAAGGUGAGUUUGAAGGACAAACCGAGGUAUCAAUGGUUCGAUAUUAGAGUCGGACAGUUCAAGGCAGAGGAUAAUUCGACCGGAGAGAUCACUUUCUCAAUGUAUGAGCACGAGGCUGGUGUUUGGAAGAAAGGGCUCUUCCUCAAAGGUGUUGCAAUUCGUCCCAAACAAAAUAAUUAA